AUGGACCCCCAUGAGAUGCUCGUCAAGAACCCAUAUGCCCACAUAAGCAUCCCGAGGGCUCACCUGCGGCCUGAGCUGGGGCAGCAGCUGAAGGCGAGCCCGUCCUCUGCAGAGUCGCAGCCUCUGCCCGUGCAGGCCUGCACCCUGGAGCCUCCAGAGGAAGCCCCGGGGCCCAAGGGCGCCAAGGGGACUGCCUCCAUUUGGGGCCAGCCGGCCUGUGAGCAGCCCUGCAAGCCCUGUGGCAGCGGGCAGCGCCCAGCAGGACUGGCCUACGCCGGCCCGCCGCCCAUCGGGCGCGGCGACGACAUUGCCCAUCACUGCUGCUGCUGCCCCUGCUGCUCCUGCUGCCACUGCCCCCGCUUCUGCCGCUGCCACAGCUGCUGCUGUGUUGUCUCCUAG